UCUUGUUCGCAAUGUCGUCUCUUUCUAUGCCUACUAUUUCUCCAGCGCUGCGGGAGGCUGCCAACCUCAUGGCGGAAGAACUUGAACACUUCAAGGAGAGCUUCACGGAAGAUAUCAUUCUCAAUCUCAACAAGGCUUACGACCAACAUGAGGCCAGGGAUGUCAUCCUUACGCGGCUCACGAUACUGCUCAAACGUGUCAAGGCAUACGAAUCCCACGGUGUCGUGGACGAUGAGUUCAACAUGUGGACUCUCCAGAUUGAACAAGCUCAGGACGAUAAGUCAAUUACGUCCGAGAAACUCAUCUCUAUUGAGAAGGCCCUUCACCACAAGCUUGAGAGGAUUCCUAACCGUCUUGCCAUGUCUGAGUACCAUAUUACUUUGAUGGACAACGCUCUUGACAACUUGGAGGCUCGCUCAAAGCUCGAACUCGUAUAUGACAACGGUUCGCUGGAUGGUGAGUUUGAGGUGGUUGAAGAAGAACUAGACAGAGUCUGCACCGCAUUUGAGGAGCAUGCCUUUGCGCAGAAAGACACCGAUGUGAAGGCAAUUGAGGACUACCUUACCUGUCUCUUUGAUGACGCUGUUGGGAAUGAACAGCUUCAAAUGCUCCGUCAGCAGAUGACUGACUACGGAGAAGUCUUGCUUCUCGGUGAAGAGAAGCUUGAUACGGCACUCGUGGAAUGGUGCAUCAAAGACUUGCUGAACAACGGCUUGUUGAGCGCAGAACGUCAGAGCCGUCUCCACGGGUACUUAGAUUCCGAAACCGCAAUCCGUGAGCUCACUGCUACGCUCAACGCCAAGUCUAUUCGCCACUGGAACUGGUGUAAUGAUGAAAGAGGUUUGCCAGUCUCAGCCCAGAAGAACGCCAACGGCAUGUUCUGCAUCACUGUCGAAGAGAAAUUAAUCGACAUGCUUUUCCUCCAUAGCCUAGCGAUGCGAUGGGGCAUGGAAUUGAAGGACGCGCUGAGAAGGCUAACUUCCAUCAGAGUGGAACACGCGCCACCCGCCCUCGAAGAGAUUCAAAAGCGGGAGUAUUAUCUCGAGGGAUGUGGACCUCCACAGCCGUCUACAUGCACUGCACGCCACCCACAAAUGCCGCCUGUGUGUUCAAUGUAUCCGCCAUUAACCCCACCACCGCCGCCUGUACCCAACCGGCACAGGCGUCAUGAUAGAACACCGCCCAGAUAUAAUCUUCGUAACAUCAGGGCUCAUCUGCCGCCUCAUCCCCCAUACGUUCCAAGUGCGUGUUUGGACGAUGAGCGUUGCAUGUUGUACAUGCGGGACCUCUUCUUGUACAGACUGCCUGAUCCCGAAUUAUCUUCGGCGCACAGAAGGAGAAUAGACGUGGAAAAACAAGGUGCACUUUUGCAAAUGCUCACCUUGGACAUCAAGGCCCGUGAAGCGUUUGACGGCAGCGUCUACGGUCUCCGGGCGAACUUCCGAUCCUUUGCGUCUUCAAUGUCACACAAAUCCGUCCUGGCGAUACUCGGCUACAUGGGCGUGUCUCAGGACUGGCUCAACUUCUUUACACGCCUCCUAGGUGCGCCCCUCAACCUCUGCACGAUCUUUCGAGACACCCAAGCCCGGAUCCAGACUCGUACUUGCGGUUUGCAGAUCGCACGCGGCUUCGAAACGUUCUUUGGAGAAGCGGUACUGGUCUGCUUGGAUUUGGCUGUUCAUCAUAGAACGACCUCUGAUCACGCAACUCCUUACCUACUUCGUCAACGCGAUGAAUGCUACUUCGUGGGCAAAAAGCAGCAGUGCGAAGAGGCACGACGAGAGAUCGAAACCUUUGCCCAAGUCAUGGACCUGGACGUCGGCAUCGAGGAUCUGUUUGCACCUGCAUCAGUAAAUGUAUCAAUACACAAUGACAGGGUCGUUGCCUACGCUCGUCGUGUCAAGAUGCAGCUCGCGGCUUGCCCCACAGUGUUCGCGUGGGUCAGGACGUGGAAUCGUACCAUCGGCACAUAUACACCUCAUUUGUUCGGUCCGCUUACUAACGUCUUCGGCAAGGCGCAUCUGGACGCUGUCAAGAAGGCCUACAACAUUAUGUACGAAAUCAUCUUCGAUGACGGCAACUUGACACGCCAUGUGACGAACCUGUUAUCUCCAUUGCCACCAGGAGAUUCUUCUUUCUCGCAGGAAGCAUGGAUCCACCUGCCCGUCGUAUAUGGGGGUCUUGGUGUCAAAAGCCCUUACGCCUAUGUCAAGUCCGCCGGAAGCAACAUAACGAUGGACGCUGACGCUCACUGGAAGAAAUACCUCGAGGACGAGACAAGAUAUUAUGAGAAGGCAAAGGAGCUGUUCUAUCAGCUGACAGAUAAACAACGGGAAAGAAAACUCAAAGACAUCUUCGACGGUGACAAAGGUCGCAUCGAAACCGUCUUUGGAAUCGAGUGGAAGAGGACUACGACCUCAUUCCCCACCCUGAAAGAAUUGACCGCGAACCGAGAGCGCCUCCAUCUAGUUAGCCCUGCUCCGCCUAUGCCAUUUGCCACUCAUUACGGCCCAUAUAGCUAUCCCUACGGGUCCCCUCCUCAAUCCACCGUAGUGCCUCCAAACGCCCUCAGCACAUAUCAGUUGCUCGCAAGUGACGCUCCUCCCUCGGACUGGAGUGUCUCACGCAGAACUCGAGACGAGAUGGAUAGAAUACAGGAAAAGCUAAUGUUGAAUCAUGAAGCUCUAACGGGCAUACAAGACAAGUGGGCACUUGGGUUAUACGGCGAAGAGUGUUUCGAGAGGUUUGGCGGGCUCGAGAUCUGGGAUCGCGAGUGGGUACCCAUGGAGUUGUUGGACAAGUUGAGGAGAGGAAAGACGUAGAUGAGGUGAGGUAGACAUCGAAGGUUUAUGUCAUAACGGCGUAAUAAGUUGACAUUGGGUCUGCGAAGUCAGGAAUGUAGGUAUAAUUGGCGGAGCGUUGGCGAGUCAUGGAUUGGACUGGAAUGGAUAAGACUGCCAC